CCUCACAUUUCAGUCCACAAGAACAAUGGCUCGCGUUCUCUCACUGGUGUGCCUUUUGGCGGUGGCCUGCCUGGCCCUGCUGUGUGGCUGUGAGGCCUCCUACCCUCUGGCCGUCUCACACGGACACGGGUACUACCCGUACAGCUACAAGUACCCUGGCUACGGGUACAACACUGGUAAACAUGGCUAUGGUUCCUAUGGUUACGCUGGCCAUGGAUACCCUGUUCGUGGCUAUAAUAGCCACUACAGUUACCCAGCUCACGGCUAUGGUAGUCACUACAGUUACCCCUUGUACAGCCAUCAAGGAUAUGGAUAUGGCUACAACCACGGGCAGACGUUCAUUUCCCGUUGUUGUAUGGCCGAGCAGCUGACCUUAAGGAAGCCGGCCUCUAUGCCGGAUGACGAAUGCAGCAUCGUGCUGCGCCGCAGCAGACGACGCAGCGCCACGCCCCCACCGGCCUAG